UGUGUUAACAGGACAUACGCUCGUUCGGCUUGCCGUCUCAACAAAUUACGCACGCGGAGGAUUUUCGCUUUCGAGAUAUAUGACAACCUGUAAAUGACCGUGUGCAGUUUAUCUUUUUUGUCGGCAGCUGGUACCCUCGUUAGUAACCCUUGUAAACUGUUCCCUGGAAAAAACAACAAGUUCAAUACGAGGUACUAGUACGAUUGCCGCCGCUACUUCGGGCGCCGCUGACGUCUAAGAGCUUCGCCUUGGACACUUCUCAGUAUAGUCCGCACCUGCACUCGGUCUGUCCGCGCAAAGGGACGGGCUGCUAAACUUUGACGGUUGGAAAAUCAAUGCUGGCUUGAAACAGUAUGCGUACAAACAGGACCCCUUGACGUACACGCCAAAAUUGAGCGCCACUUUACGAAUUGAAGGGGUUCACGCAUAUUAUUGUGCUAUAAUCGUCGUUAGUGAAAUCAUAUGUACAAACAAAGCGACGCUUUGGUUUGACGACGAGUGCUCCGCCCGUCCAGAUCGUCGAAACGUUAGUGACUCACAAGCCUUUCACCCGACAAGGCGAACUGUCUGUAAUUAGCUUGAUUAGGUGCCGCUGUUAGAAGGAUCACCUGUUUUUGCUAUCGGCAACAAAAAUGUCACCGGCGGCAACAAAUACUUGCCGGAGCGCGGAGCUGCCUUUCAUACAGCAGCGCGCACACGACGCGUGAGUCACUAGACGAGAGACAUAGCGAAUAAAGCUUCUCCCUUCAUUGCCUCUCCGUACUGAGAGAGUUCACGUGGGUCCAGUGUAACGACGGGCUUGGAACAACCUUACCUACCUCUGUUACCAUAAACGUCUUCUGUUUACAAAAAUCAAAACGAGUCCUACUUUAAUCUGCAGCAGGUGUUCUGCUGCUAGCGCCAUUAAACCCGUUGUUGAAAACUUUGAACCCGAAAUGAUGGCGUCUGUGACAACCGUAGCUUCAACGACGUCACCGGCUGGGUGUGGUUGCCAGGCUGGACUGACGUGCGCCCAACGGGGACAAAUAGCGCAAGAUGCCCACCUGCGAAUGAUGGCCGAACGCAUUGAUCCUAUCCGAAAAAGGCGUUAUAGCAGCAGCACGAAACCGUUUCCAGUGAGAGGUGACCGCACGAACUAUGUGAAUUUACCGCAUGUUAUUGCUAUGGUCGGUCUGCCGGCGCGAGGUAAGACCUACAUAGCUAAGAAGCUCACCCGUUACCUCAACUGGAUUGGCAUCAAAACGCACGUUUUUAACGUGGGUGAAUACCGGCGACAGGCAACAGAAGCCUACAAAAGUCAUGACUUCUUUCGUCCAGACAACACCGAGGCAAUGGCUGUUCGCAGUAAAUGUGCCUUGGACGCUUUAGAAGAUAUGUGCAAAUGGCUGGAAAAUGACGAGGGGGAGGUUGCCGUCUACGACGCUACGAACACGACAAAGGAUCGCCGUAAGCUGAUUCACGAUGUUGUCUGCGAACGCUAUGGCUUCAAAUUGUUCUUUGUCGAAAGCUAUUGCGACGAUCCAAACAUCAUCGAGGCUAACAUCCGCGAGGUAAAAAUCAAUAGUCCUGACUACAAGGGCUACAUGAACGAGGAUAAGGCACUCGAAGACUUCAUGCAACGAAUCCGGCACUAUGAAGAAUGCUACCAAACGUUGGAUGAAAGUGAAAACUACUCGUUCUUAAAGAUUUUCAACACCGGUCAAAAGGUUGUUGUUUACCGUCACGAAGGACACAUUCAGUCGCGUGUCGUAUAUUACCUAAUGAAUAUACAUAUAAUGCCGAGGUCAAUUUACCUAACACGACAUGGGGAAAGUGAACUCAACUUGCAGGGAAGAAUUGGAGGGGAUGCGGAUUUGUCUCCACGGGGUUGGGAGUACUCACGGGCUUUAGCAAAGUUUAUCAGGGAGCAGAAUAUUCCACGUCUACGCGUGUGGACCUCGCAGUUGAAGAGAACCAUCCAAACUGCCGGAGGAAUCGAUGCUCCACAAGAACGCUGGAAAGGCCUCAACGAAAUUGAUGCAGGAAUCUGCGAGGAGAUGACAUACGAAGAGAUUCAGGAGAGAUUUCCGGCUGACUUCGCUGCACGUGACCAGGACAAGUUCCACUAUCGUUACCCACGAGGUGAAUCCUAUGAGGAUUUAGUCGCACGGCUAGAGCCUGUCAUCAUGGAACUUGAAAGGCAGGAGAAUGUCCUUGUUGUGGGACACCAGGCCGUUCUGCGUUGCCUUUUGGCCUACUUCCUCGAUAAAAACUCCGAUGAGCUUCCGUAUCUACGCGUUCCGCUGCACACAAUCCUCAAGCUGACUCCGAUGGCCUAUGGUUGCGAUCUACAGAUGCUCCAGAUAGGCAUCGAAGCGGUGGACACUCAUCGCGAAAAGCCAGCGGUGCCCGGUGCUCUCGAUCCCGUCUUUCUGAAGCAAUUUCAACCGACUCCUACGGACCCGGAGCAGCUGAAGGAUCCUCCAGUAUCUGAGGAGUUUGCUACCGACGACGAAACGGGUGAAGCUAGUGCGCUGUCGGUGCAAUGCGGCGAUGCCCAGAAGAGACAUCAGGACAAGUAGAAGCUACACAAUUCCCUUCUUGAAAACUAAGCAUCUGAUUCAGAAGUUUCACGUGCUCUUUUUGGUUCGUUAUAAAUGUUAAAAGCAAAGGCCCCGUUGAUACAGAUGCUUUUUCGGGUGAAGCUCGACUAAAGAUCGUUACAAGGGAUAGUUUAAAUUCCUAAUCUACCUACACAGUGGGCUGAGGAAGAUGAAGCGUAGUGAAAUUACCUUGUCGCUGGCUGAGAUCGAAAUGCGCGUCGGGUUGAUACUCCCGCACAUUGAGUUGUGCUCGAGUGAGUCACUUAUUCAUAGAAUACAUUGGAGACACCACAUUCAUUAUCCAAGCUAACCGUUUAAAAAAAUUCUUAUACUGUGCCGAUCAGUGGCCCCGCAGUGCAGGCCCCGCCUGCACCCAAAAACAAAACCAAACAACCCCCGUGCAACCCCAGCCCACAGCUCACCAUCGUUUGGGCAAAAGAUCGACGAACGACAAAGAACAAUUCAACAGUAAAAUCGAGAACACCAACGUUGACCGUGCAGCACAUGAAGCCUUGGAGACUGUUCCAGAGCACUUCUAACUUUGGCCAAAGAGAAAGAGUCUACUGUGGCCAAGAAAAAAACGUAUAAUGUUACAGCGACAUCAUGUUUAUUAUUUUAGAAAGAAGAAAAAACUGAACUGGCUGGUUAAUGAUAACAGGAUGUUAUUGAAAUUUUUCUAUCUAUCUAUCUAUCUAAUUUCGUUAUGAACAGGCGCGAUAUCGUCUGCUCAUGGGGCAACUUUUGUCUUUUUCGAAAAUGGUACGAUGAGAGCCUGACAUAGGUGUAAUAAUAAUUGUGUACGAUCCGCGAUGAAUCUGGGCAGAUCCAUUAUAAGUUUUAUCCUUUGAAACCGGAAUGGGUUCUCAAAAGAAUACCCGCUAGCUCUCUCUCUAGUCGCAUAAACAGUCACUGAAAAAUAAAUAUACAUAAAAUUGAUUGUGACGAUAAACCCGGUAAUAAAAGACUACUCUAUUGACGUGUAGCGGCCAGUAAUAGCAAACUGUUGAGCUUAUGGACCGUACUUCUAGCGUAAAAAGAAGUCAGGCUGCAGGCCCGCCAGUGGAUAAUAACAUUGGUGAACUACGUAGUCUUUAAAACAAAACAGAAGGGAUACAUCGUACUUAUAUGAAGCAAUGAGUUCAGCGUUCUACAUGGAUGGAGAUGUGAAGUCAACUGGACUACAAUCGGCCUGUGAUGGUUAAUUCUGGAUGUUCUCGAAGCGUAAAACGUUGAGCAGGGAACGAUAAAAUGGGUGGUAUUUCAAUUAGGCAGUGAACCCGUCUCGUAUGAAAAUCUUUUAUCGAUCGACCAGUUUUCAAAACAAAUAGCCGGAGUCAUUCCAAUGGGUAACGGCACCUCGAUCGACCUCGUUUACAGCAAACGACAAGGCGGCAAAAAUCGUAGAAGCAACCAAGUAUCUAUGUUAGCAAUUGUUGCUGCUAAGGACUUUCAUUAGAGGUGUGCAUUGCAUAAUUCUAUAUAUAUAAACUAUUUACUUAUAUAUAUAUAUAUAUAUAUAUCGAUUAUGGGCAGAGUAUGAGGAAAAAUCCUCGGCGUGUGUAGCGUCGACGUAGGCAGUGGCGCUGAUAAUAAUGUGUUAAUAAAUGCCGUACAUAUAUACAUGUGAGUCUAUAAUAACUCAAUUGUGUGCUUUCGGAAUUCAAUGAUAUUUUUGCCGAAAUAAGAUGAAUAUUAUCAAGAGAAUAUUAACUAGUAGAGAUCACUUGAAAGUGAUGUCCAGAGGCUUGAUUACUUCGUAGCCCAUCAGUUACAGAAUAAAAGGCACUGAAAAUGAUGACUGUGCCGUUCUACCGCAUUCGCUAACGAAAAUUCGGAACAACGAAGCUCGGUAAGGGGAAAAUAUUCAAAUUAAACAAUGACAGAGGGUGGGCAGCCCGAAAGAACUCACAGACCCGAAUGCUUUUCAAAACAGGAUCCACUGUCAUUUAACAGAAAGACUACGAAUGUAUUUCUAGCACCACCUGAUAGUCUUUCUAUCUUAAUGGAGACUUUUGUGGAAAGCAGACAAAAGUCAUUUCAUAGAAGCAGGGCCGGCGAUACAAAAUGAUGCGUAGGAACACAUCAAUCUCCUAAACAUCCUUUUUCUCUUUAUUAUAAUACCAUCGUCGUCUUACGAAUUUCUAAGCUUUCUGUUAAUUCACGAGCUGAAAAAUUCUACCAUGAUAGACUGCCUUUUGAUCGCCAACAAACAGUCUAAGGGGUGGCAUCGAAGCUGCCUUAAAUAUCGCUUGCAACGACGACAAGCUAUAUAGAAAUUGUACAUGGACGAAUCUGUUACAAGCGAAAGUCAUUUUCCUCUAUUUCUCGCAUCUUGACUCCAUCAACUGUAUUCUUUGGUGUAGUGAACGUUAACGUCGGCAGGUAAAUGUAUCUGGGAAAUGUGCCAACAAUGCUGACAAACAUAACGAGAAAAAACAUCAAGUUUACGAAGAGGUUCUAUGAUCGUGUCCCUGACAAGAUCACGUUUGUCGUUUACCGGGUCGCAUACGAUUCCACCCGUGAAUGCUAAGUCGACGUGCCUUGUGCCAGGCUUAAUGUUCACCCGAGAGAGACAGAUAGAUAACAGUAUCCGCUAUCUCGAUUAUCGACAUAUUAGGACACGUAUAUAUUUAUUUGUAUGCGAUCUUGAGACCUAUUUGAACGUCAAGAAUAUUGACGACCUGAAGGUUUUUUUUCGAGUCAAAUCAGUGACCUGUUUCAUUGCCUGGUGAAAUUCGACGAUGAGCCAUUACGAUGUGUUUGAUUAGCAAAUACUGUAGUUUUGCCAGCAAUACAUCAUGUCGAAUAACAUACGGACUGAGCGGAUACGAAAUUUGUCUCCGUAGGAGGCAAAUUUUGAUUUAUAAGAUGUAAUGGCGUUAGUUAAUGUUGUUAUUGUUGUUAAAGCUUCAGUGGAAGGGUACGGCGUAGCACAUUUCACUGUAUAGGAUUAGGUGCAAUGUCACAAUUGUAUUAUGAAAUAAGGCCAAAGUUGAAACUUAAUUGAACGGAGUGAAACUGAGCUUUACUAUAUAAAUUAUUGUCUGGCCAUUGGAACUGUUGUGAUGUAGAAGGACAUAAUAAAAAGGUUAUAAAAAUACGAAUGUAAAAUAUAUCGCCGCUAACAUAGGGUGAACGCAGUUAACGUUGAUAGAAAUGACACCCAUUACUACAUAAAUAUUAUAUAAAAUUACCUACCAAGUAGAUCAUAAAGCUAUAUAUAUAUAUA